GCUGGCAUUUAAAAAGGACAGGAGGCUCAUUGGUGGCUAGGACUUCGUAUCUAUAAUUCCUCUCUUUAUGCUUUCUAGCGACACGGGAGUCCCUGUCCUAACAAAGUUUCCCUCCUUUACUUUUUCGCAGUAGUCAGAAUUGUAAGGUGCACCACGGACUUGUUGAUGGUGAAUGCACUUCUUCAGAAUGGUUGCAACCAACAACUUAAACAAUAAAAAUUCUGAACUGAUACAGCAGCGAUUUCAGCAGCUAUCCUUCUCUGACUUUGACUAUUGGGAUUUUGUAGCGCCUGAACCCAACUUUAACGAGAUGGUGUUUGAGGAACGAACGUGUCAGAAUCUAAUUAGAAUGCUGGAGAACUGCCUCUCUAAAUCAAAACAGACUAGACUGCAUUGCUCAAGGGUCUUAGUCCCUGAGAAAUUAACUCGGAGGAUAGCUCAAGAUGUCUUGCGUCUCUCUUCUACGGAGCCUUGUGGUUUGCGGGGCUGCAUUAUUCAUGUCAACUUGGAAACUGGAAAUGUAUGUAAAAGGCUGGAUAAGAUUGUUUGUGAACCCAGCGUCAUUCCUACUUUUGAGUUGACACUGGUGUUCAAGCAAGACAAUUGCUCGUGGCCCAGCUUCAGGAGUUUAUUCCCCAGAAUUUGUUUUACUUCUAGCUAUAAGCAGACUCUGAUCUUGAGCCCUGGGUUUCGUCUAAUUAAGAAAAAAUUAUACUCCUUGAUUGGGACAGUAGUUGAAGAAUGCUGAAAAAGGGCACUAAAAAGUGUACUGGAAAAGAGAGCUGAGCUUGCAGCCCUUAGAAAUAGAAGGGAUAUUUGCACAAUAAGCCAUUGAUGGUUUCAAAACUAUCUGGUGCUAUGUUAGAAUAAGGAGUGCAGCUCCUUGAUACUUGAAACAUUCCUUGGUUAGCAAAGAUAUGGCAUGCCCAGUAGCCAUGAUUGCUAUUUAUUGCUAGCAGUUGAACUAGAUGGUUUGGCAUUCUUUGAUAUUUAUUUUUAAUAUGAGUUUCCUGGAUUCACAUUGUUUUGAAUCCAAUUUGGGGAAAAUUUCUCAUAAGCUUUCAAGAAACAAACUAGUCUCUAGAACUAAAUAGAUCAAAGAGGUAGGAAUGAUGCUUGCAAAAUGCUGCUCAUAGCUGCAUUGGCACUAUCAAAUAAAAGAGACAGGUCAUAGGAUAAUUAUGAGAGAUUUUGGAGCUGUUGUUGCUUUUUCUUCAAGGUUGUCUUCUUAACUAACAAGAUUUGUCAUAAUUCCAUUCAGAAGCCUUACCCUGGUUUCCUGCAACCUGGUAUCU